AUGUCUGGCACUGCAUCCGGAUACGAUUUGUCUGUGUCGACGUUUUCGCCAGAUGGACACGUCUUCCAAGUGGAAUACGCGACAAAGGCCGUCGACGCGGCGCCAACAGUUGCGGCAGCCGUUUGCCGCGAUGGCAUAGUAUUUUUAUCCGAUUCCGUACUAUGUGGAUACGAUGAAAGCAGCAACACAGGCCGUAAUGUUCUCCAAUCGAAGCCAGCGCUCCGUUUGUACGCAUUGGAUGAGGGUGUAGGUUGCGCGGUGACCGGUAUGAUUCCAGAUGCGCAAUGCAUAGUUCGCCGCGCCAAGGCGGAAAGCAAGUCAUUCUUUGAGGAAUAUGGCGUGAAGAUCCCUAUUUCUCUGCUGGCUGAGCGCGUCGCCUUGUUUGUGCAUGCUUUUACAUUGUAUUGGCACGUGCGGCCGUUUGGCGCAUCAAUGAUUCUCUCAGGCGUCGAUUCCAAUGGCAAAAAAUCCUUGUACUGCAUCGAGCCCAGCGGUGCCUGUUACAAGUACGCUGGCAUGGCCGUCGGUAAGUGCAAGCACCUGGUCAAGACAGAGAUGGAAAAACUGGAUCUAGCUGCAUUAUCGUGUCGUGAUGCUCUUAAGGAGUUGUCUUUGGCCAUAAUGAUAGGUCGCGAUGGUGACUCAAGCAAGACCAAUGAUAUUCAAAUGGCGUGGAUUUGCGACGAAAGCAACGGUCGAUUUGAGCAGGUGCCCACUGAUGUGGCCGCGGACGCUAAGCUAGAUGCUUCAAAGCGUCAUGCUGCGCUCCAUGGCCAUUAG